AUGCCACGAGCGCCGCGCAGAGCCGCCCACCACGAAAGAGAUGUUGCCGCCACGACUCCCACCAGACCAACGGCUACGAAUGCAAUCACAGCUGCGAUCCCCCCUUUCAUGCUAGAAACUCCUCCGCAUGCUGCUUUCUUGGCCACUCCUGUCCCUCCUGCCCACAACCCAGGCCAGACAAUCCUGCCAGACACCAACAUCCCUCGCCGACAUCAAGCACAAACUCAACAAACACCUGUCGCGAACGGGCAUGUAAAUGAUGAUAUCCCCGGUGGUUCGCAAGCCUCGCAUAAUGCAUUAGCUCCGGCGACAUCAGAGACUGGCCACGCUGACGAACAAUCGUACCUGGAAUCAGUCCACCACGACGCUGAAGAUAUAAAACAGCUUAGGGGACUUCGAGAUAUUUCUUCCUUGGCUACGUGGACUUUGUCCUCGGCAAAGCCUGGUUGUGCUCUAGCGCAGCUGAGAAAUCCUAAUCCUGCACUAUUCUGGCAAAGUGAUGGACCGCAGCCUCAUACUCUCACUCUCCACUUCUUCAAGCUGGUGGCUAUCGUGAAAAUGCGAAUUUACCUAGAUUUCGAGCUUGACGAGUCGUAUACACCCACGAAGAUGAAAUUCUUUGCGGGCAUGUCGGAGGGCGGGCUCGUAGAAUUCGGGUCAUGGGAGGUCACAGAGACGGUCGACCCGGAGACGGGCGAAGCCCACAGCAGUAUCGAGGGUAUUCGAGGAUGGAUCGAGGUUCCGUUGGAAGGUGUUGGAGGUAGAGAAACUCGUUACCAUGAGAUCGCAGACUACGGUAGCGGCGGGAUCGAUGAUGCAUUGGGCCCAAAUCAUGAAGCUGAACAGACUGAGAUGGGAGGAGAUGUUCUUAAGGCCAUGGUGGUUCAGAUUCGAAUAUGUGAAAACCACCAGAAUGGCAAAGAUACUCAUGUGCGUGGAUUUCAAGUGUUUUCACGGGACACAUCGACUACAGGAGAAUUCAGCACUGUCUACAGGAAGAAUAAGCAAGAGAAAGAUACAAGUCAACCAGAUGAAGAUCAUGGCAAAGUGGUCAGAUUGCAGCCACCGGACUGGAUGGGCGACCCUGAAAUUCGGUAG